GUGAGGUUUCUGCUGUUUCCUUGCAACCAAUUUGGAGCCCAAGAGCCAAAGAAGAACUCCGAGAUCAAAGACUUUGCGGAGCAGUACGUGAUCAUGUUUGCCAAGAGCAAUUUGAAUGGCUUUCCCUGUACAUACUCGGGCAAAGAUGCAUGCAUGCCAGAAUCUGCUGAAUGUUGCAGUGAGAAUGACGCCGUCUACAAAUACCUCCUUGCGAAGACUCCACCUGGCAAGAUUGCUUGGAACUUCGAUAAGACGCUUGGUAAGCUGAUGUCUACUUACCUGGAUAGUUGCUACAGUUUGUGGUCUGUCUCCCUCAUUUAUAAAAAGUUAUGUGUCUAUAAUUGA